CAGGCUUCAGUCCGAUGUUUACUCUCUCGCAUUUCCCCAACCAAACCCGACGGGGUUCAAUCCUAUCUAGGGCACUGCUCAUCGCCCUUCUAGUAGGGUACUGCUUCAAAGCGACCCUGCUCACCAUCGAGUACCACCAUGCAGGGCUCUGUACGCCUCCUCUCUCUAAACGACAGGAUCCAACCGCUGCAAUUGCAGACACCCACCCCCAAAGCCCACUAGCUCUAGGCAACCCACCUCCCUCCAGCAACACCCUCCCCAGCUUCGACCGCACGAACUUCACCAAGAGCCUCUCCCACCUCCUCUCCCUCCUCCCCGACUCUUCUCAGGCCCAAGACCUCACCAGCCCCAUCACCAGCACGGGCGAGGCCAAGCUUCAUGAACUCGGCCUCCGCACGCGUGUUUUCCGCUCCCUCUUCGCCGCCUGGGAAGCCGUGCACCUCGUCCCAACAGCCACCAGCCCCCUUACCCGUGAUGACAUCCUGCAAGUCCUCCAAGCCUACCCCUCUAUCGCACACGACCUCCAAACCGACACCCCCACCCUAAUGCACAGCUACGAGACCCUCCGCACCUUCUACACGCAGCUCUCCACGCGUCUCUUCGACUGGACGACCCCCUACUUCCCCUCGCACGCCACGCUGCACACGCAAUUCCACAAUGGCGGAAGAGGCCUUGUUCUGACCGCGGGCGACAAACAAGCGCCCUACGUGCUCACCUCCCUCCAAUCCCUCCGGCAACAAGGUUGCACUCUGCCGGUCGAAAUCAUGUACCUGGGCGACGACGACCUCAGCGAAGACGCCCGCGACGCCCUCGAAGCGAUCCCAGACGUCAUCACGCGCGACCUAUCCCCAAUGGUAUCCGACGCAGGCUGGACGCUGCGCGGCUGGGCGGCCAAGCCCUUCGCCAUGCUGCUGUCCAGCUUCCGCGAAGCGAUCUUCAUCGACGCCGACGCGCUGUUCCUCACCAACCCGGCGGACCUGUUUCACGACCCCGGCUACGUCCAGACGGGGGCUCUCUUCUUCAGGGACCGGCUGCUCAUGCCCGGGGAGAAGCGCGCGUGGCUGCGGCAGGUGCUGCCCGCGCCGUUAUCGCGCGCGGUGCACCGCAGCCGCAUGUGGACGGGCCAGAGCAUCCACAUGCAGGAGUCCGGCGUCGUGGUCGUCGACAAGUGGCGCCAUUUCGUGGCGUUGCUGCUGGUGACGCGCCUGAAUGGGCCGGAUCGCGACGGCGAUAAGGCCUCCGGCAAGGUCGGCGUUUAUGAUAUGGUUUACGGCGAUAAAGAAACCUUCUGGCUGGGCUGGGAGCUGGUUGGGGAUACGGACUACGCGUUCCACGAGGGCGCCGCGGCGGUCAUGGGCACGGCGCAGGUGAACCGCGCUCGAGGGACGGGGAACGAGACUGCCGAGGAGGCUGAUGCUGGGAGUGGCAAUCCCGAAGACCCCCGGUUCCGCAUCUGCGCGCCGCAGCUGCUGCACCUGGGGACGGACGGCCGGCCGAUGUGGUUCAACGGGUGGCUGCUCCCGAACAAGUACUCGGACGACCCGCGCCAGCAGCCGGCGGCCUUCGAGGCGUUCAUCACGGAACCGGCGGAUGCGACGGCCGUGGGGGCGUGGAAGCUCCAGCAGAAUAAUGUCUGCUGUCUGGAGGCGGACCAGGUCGGGAGGUUCAGCGCCGCGGAGAAGACGGUGCUGGAGGGGGUGGUGCAGAUUGCGAAAGAGGUGGGUGCUAUUGGUGAGGAGUGA